GAGGGUGCGGCAUCUGAAUCCGCAGCUUCGGAUGGGGAGGAAGCAGCGCAGCAGGCAACCGCAUCAAGACGUCAAUAACAACAUAAACAAACAACUCGUUGUCGUCGACUACGGCUGCAUGCACGCAUGGUGCCAUAGUUCUCCCCGAAUGGAUACGGGCAGACAUGCAUGUCUCUCGUUGACGCUCCUGAUGUGGGCUUCUCGUGUGGGUUUCUUGGACCACUCUAGGUUCAGGUGUCGAAGCAUACAGAACGCACAGCGCCGUUUCCCGGCAGUGUGGCCAUGGUUCGUCACACGUAGGCAAGGAUUGCCAUCAGCGAUGCUCCCUGCAGUUGGCUCUGGUUCCCAAACUACGGAGGCGCGCAUCUGCACGUCGAGUAUCAUAGCGACGACUGCAGAUUCCGCUCGAGCGACCUCGUGCCUAAGGCUCUGGCGUGUAAGAGCAUAGCCUCGUCGCUCUCGCCCUGCACCACUGCUCGAGGUCUAAGGUGUUUCCGGAGCUCCCAGUUCCGGGGACACAAAUGACCUCGCGCCGAUCCCCAGAACAUAGCCACGAUCUAGCAGCUGGCAGUUGUCGGCCGUACUACGCACGCGAGGCUGCACUAAACGGAACGGUCAAAGAAUAGCGGGAAGUCAUCAUCCGGAACACAUUGGCGGUCGCGUGGCCACUGUCGACUCUCACCGACACUGUCAUCGGGGCAGGCGAUGGGAGACGGCGACAAAGAUCGCUGGUUGCAUGGGAUUGAUGAAACAACCAAGGCGUGAAACAAUCCGGCCAGGCAGGCGAGUUGGCGUGCUAUUUGGGUCGGCGACAACGGUGUAAGAUGAGCUGCCAGGGCUGAGGUUGACGGUGGGGGCGCUUGCAAUGACUGGACUUGGUGAGAUUGAUUAUUGCCUGCGACUCUUGUUGGACCAGAAGAAUAAGAUAUGGCGUAUGACUCUACCGUGGUAUGCUUUGAAUGACAGAAAUUUGAUAGCAAGGGUCCGAUCGACCGUAACCGAAAAGCGGCCUCCGCAUUGCACAGUCAUCUCUUCUUUCGGAGGAAAUUGAGUAGCCUGGAAUAAUCCCCGAAACCUGGGGCCAUAGCAUUGCUGGUGUUUGCUGGGCUCGGAAUGGCAAUGGCUCGAGGGUUGUAUCAGCGUAAAUCAACGGCGGGACAUGGUCAUGGAGGGA